AUGAAAAAGGAUACUGUUCCCAUUAAAUAUGAAUAUGUUUUAAAAUUACGUGGAAUUACAUUAAAUCAUGACGUUACUGUUAAUCAAGGCUUACAAUAUGAAAAUUUCAAAGAAAGAGUCAUCAAAUAUGCAAAAGAUUCUGACUUGGAUCCUAUUCCUGUCAAUUAUUCAAAUUUUCUUAGGCCAUCAAUACCUAAAGGAACAAUAACUUCAGUUCCGAUGACAAAAGUAUACAAGCCUUAUGUAGGAAAGGGAAUCAUUUCCCCUCAAGAUUUCCGUGUAUUAGAUUUUGGUUAUACAAAAUAA